AUGUCUCCUUAUGAGGCUCUUUAUGGGAGGCGUUGUCGGUCUCUAAUUGGUUGGUUUGAACCAACAAAAGUGGAGUUGUUGGGUCCCGAUUCAGUUCAUGAGGCGAUUGAGAAGGUAAAUCUUAUUGUGCAGCGACUGAAGACCGCUCAGAGUAGACAAAAGUCUUAUACAGACAUGAGGCGUAGGGAGUUAGAAUUUGCUGUUAGUGACAAGGUUUUCUUGAAAGUGUCACCUAUGAAGGGGGAUAUUGAAAUUGAUGAAGCUCUGUCUUAUGAAGAAGAACCAGUUCAGAUUUUAGAUCGUCAAGUUAGAAGGUUGAGAAUAAAGGAUGUAGCAUCG